AGCCAUUGUCUUCCAAUCAUUAUUACGCAAUAAAGCCUCAUGGUAAAGAUAAAGGGAAAGCAUACACUUGUUCACAGGAGCAAGAAAUGACCACUUGCUGUUUUUGCCACUGCAUCCGAGAUGUAAAGGCAAGGCCACUGGAUCCAAAAGACAUAUAUCAGCAAUAUGAGAUUGCUUCUUAUGAAACAUGUUGCAGUGCCAAGGGUUACUUUUAUGCCAAGUCGGUAGCACCUAAUGGUUUCCCUCCACUCAACUUGAGGAGAAAAGGAUGGAAAAUUUAUGGUAGAACUCCCAAAAACUACAAAUUAGGUGAAGCUCAGGGCCUCAAUGCUAUCCUCCGUACACGCCUUCCAGAAUUUAACUUCCCAUUGUCCUGUAAGAGCUCUGAAGGCAUCGUCGUAGGGAAGUGGUAUUGUCCUUUCAUCUUUAUCAAGGAUGGAAUUUUGAAAGAUCAGAUAAAAAGAUCGAUGUAUUAUGAGAUGACACUCGAGCAAAGAUGGGAGCAAAUUUUCUCAUGUGAGAAUAACUUCAGCGUAAGAAACUCUGUGCUUGUUGAUGUUAGUGUUCAAACAGAAGUUGUCUCGGUUGCUGACAUAGAAGCUGUGUGGAAUGAGAGAGAGGUGCUCGAUGGGGCGAUAUGGUUUAGGAGUUUUGGCAAUGUGGGAAGAGUAAGUGUGGGAUUGAGGGAAGAAAUUGUUGAAAGAAUGAAAUGGGAGCAACAAAGAGCAGACUGGCUAAAUGGGGAAAACAGGCAAGCAAGGGUGAAGAGAGUAGAGGACUUUGGAGGGGUUGGUGAGUGGAGGAAAUUUGGAUGCUAUGUGUUGGUGGAGAGGUUUGUAUUGAAAAGAAUGGAUGGAAGCUUGAUGAUGACUUAUGAUUUCAAGCACACUCAUCAAAUCAAAAGCAAAUGGGAAUGA